AUGGAAUUCGACGAAGUGAGCCAUUUUGUCAAGCAUGGCAAGAUUGGUCAGGCCUCGUCCAUCGAUGAGCGUAACAUUGAUGCUUUGGGAGUUGCGAGUCCUUAUUACUACCAUCAGCAACCCAACAGCCAUUCUCCUCCUCAUUUUGCGCCCUUUGCUCAACCUAUCGCCCUCAAGAAACGUCCUAUUGCAGCCAAGUUUGUUGACAGCGUACGACACCGGUUAUUAAAGUCUUCGACAACUGGCACCGUGAGCAGUGAUGAGGAUGAUAUCAUGAUGGCUCGACAUGUUGGAAGAAAACGACUCUUUUCGCGAUUAAAGAAGCGACGAUCACCCACACCACAUGCGAUAAUAACAACAGGCAGCAACUGUAGUUCAGGGGAUGAUGACGAAGCCCUUGUGGAUGGCUAUCUUUCACUUGACGACGUGUGUCCUUCAUCAUCAACCAAUCGACGUAGUCUUUGGCGACGACGACGAAGACAACGACGACGAAUACGACGAAGAUUGUUAUUUUCUUCAUCAUCUCGAGCAGGACAAGAGGAUGAACCUGAUAUUGCAAGUACGCCAACAAGCACUGUAUCCGAUUUGAGAGAAAUCAACGAUCAAAUGCGUAGCUUUUGCGUGCCAGCUGACUGGGCUAAUCUGGAUCAAACUUCACCGCUGCAUUCACCUAAUAUAGCUGGUACCCCAGCGUUUUUUGAAAAGCCUACGAGUGUCCAUGCUUUGAUGACAGAUUUGACGGAUCGGAUACACCAAUAUCAAUAUCUAUGCAACCAGGAACAAAGCCGAAUUACCACCAAUCGCCAAGUUAUACAAGACCAUAUUGCUAAGCUCGAGGAUUUGGAUCAACGUGUCGAGAAACUCAACGCAACCAUCAGCUAUGCACGGUCUGAAAAAUUGAAAUGGAUGCACCACAUGUUGCAAGAAACCCAACAUCGUUCUCCCAUGCUUCGAGAAGCACGUGCUCAACAUAAAAGGCUGGUGGCAAGAAUUGAAGGCUAUUGCAAAAACAUGAACUAUGCCGCUCAUCUUGCCGAGCUGCAAACCAAAGUCGAUGCUGCACGAGAACGCCAGGCCUUGUGGUUUUGUAUUCAACGUUGGCUUCCCCCCACAGUGAUCGUUUUAGCAUCGUUAUUGUUGACUCUCUUGAUAUCCUAUUUUUAA